AUGACGAGGAGGACGGAUGAUCGCAAUAAGGAGAGAACGAAGGUGAGCAGGGAGGAAUUGUUGAAGGAAGUAGAAUCCAUGCGUGAAGAUCUAGGAAAAAUACCUCGGUUGGAGCAAGGGCUCGAGUUAUUGCUGAUAAGAAUGGAUGAGUUGUCGAAACAGCGAGGACCUGAAAAUCGGGAGUCUCCUGAAACGGACAAUGGAAUUCCAGCGGAACAAACGGCGCCGACGACAGAAACGGAUUACAGGCCGGCGGAAUGGCGAGAGGGAGGGAGUUGCACGGAAUUUCGUACUCGGCGGGUGGAGAUGCCAGUUUUCGAUGGGGAAAAUCCAGAUGGCUGGAUAUUUAGGGCGGAACGAUAUUUUUCCUUGAAUAGAUUGACGGAUAGGGAGAAACUGGAUGUGGCGGUGGUGAGUUUGGAAGGAGAAGCUCUCGCCUGGUUCCAGUGGGAAGAUCGGAGAUGGGCGGUCCGGGAUUGGACGGAGUUGAAAAGGAAGGUGUUGGAGCGCUUCCAUUCGACACAAGAAGGAACUCUUUGUGAAAAGUUCUUGUCUCUGCACCAGGAGACUACGGUGAGGGAGUAUCGCCGGCAGUUUGAGAUGUUGGCCGCGCUGCUGGCGGAGAUCCCGGAGCAAGUGCUAGAGAGUGCUUUUGUGAAUGGCCUGAAACCAGAAGUGAGGGCAGAGGUUAGGAUGAUGAAACCCAAUGGGUUGGGCCGAAUAAUGGAAUUCACCCAACGGGUGGAGGAGCGUAACCAACUGGUACGCGGGCCCAAGACCCAAAUGUCUUCAUUUAAUUCCUGGAAUAGGAACAUUUCUGCUUCACAAGGGCUUGGGCUGAGGAGUGGAUUGUCGUAUGGAGGAGGUUCAAGAGCAACAAAUACCUCUGUGGCUGUAGGGUGUCCUUCUGGAAUUUCUGAGAAGACCAAGGAGUCAACCAGUGGGAUGGCGCCGUAUCGGAGGCUUACCGACGCAAAGAUUCAAACGAAGAGGGAGAAGGGGCUGUGUUACCGUUGUGACGGAAAGUACUCAUUUGGAUACCGUUGCCCUAACCGGGAAUUGCAGGUGCUUCUCGUACGUGAAGAAGAUGAGGUUGCAGAGGAGCAGGAAGAAAAAGCUGAGCUUGGGGCGGAUGAAGAAGUUGUAGAAUUAUCCCUCAACUCGGUGGUCGGAUUCACAUCACCGAAGACCAUGAAACUUAAAGGAGUGCUGCGAGGACAAGAGGUAGCAGUCUUGAUAGAUAGUGGAGCCAUGCAUAAUUUCAUUUCCGUUGAUUUAGUGAGAAAAAUGGAAUUGUCAGUGGAUAAAACUGAAGAUUAUGGGGUGAUUAUGGGAACUGGGUUGUCGGUUAAAAGGGAGGGCGUUUGCAGGGGAAUUGUGAUUUCCUUGCAAGAUAUAGAGGUAGUGGAGGAUUUUCUGCCCCUAGAGCUAGAAAGUUCAGACAUUAUUUUAGGAAUUCAGUGCUUGGAGACCCUUGGGAAUAUGACGGUGAAUUGGAAAAAUCUAUCUAUCAAAUUCAUGGUGGGGAACCGACAAGUGACUUUGAAAGGAGACCCUGGGUUGAAUAGGACUUCAGUGUCUUUAAAAGCCUUGCAGAGGGCAUUCGACCAAGAAGGGCAGGGAUUGUGGCUUGAAUGGAACCAAGUGGAAUUGGGAACCUUAGAAAGUCAUUGCAAAAUGCCUGAUGAAUUGACAGGGGUGCUGGACCGGAGAGCAUCAGUUUUUGAAAUGCCAGCAGAAUUAACUCCAGAGCGCGCGAAAGACCAUGCGAUCGUACUUAAGAUAGGAACUUCUUCGAUUAAUGUCCGACCUUAUCGAUAUCCGCAGCUCCAAAAGGAAGAAAUCACGAAGUUAGUCGGAGAGAUGUUGGCCGCAGGGAUUAUUCGACCUAGUGUGAGUCCAUAUUCCAGUCCCGUGCUUUUGGUAAAAAAGAAAGAUGAAAGUUGGCGGUUUUGCGUGGACUAUCGGGCUUUAAAUAAAGAGACGGUGCCAGAUCAUUUUCCUAUCCCCCAUCAUUGA